AGUAUUUUAACAGUUAGCCGACUAGCUGUCGAGAUGCUAACUUCAUGUUUAUGAUCUUAGUCACUAAAAGAUUUUGGUUUUAUUCUACACCAGCAGUUCAAGCUCGGUUUAAAACUCUAAUCGCAUACAGAAGACAUGACGCUGCAAUAAACAGUGCAUAAAGGUAGAAGCCAGUCUGAUGAAGGGGGCCCUACAGUUGACAGGAUGCAGCAGAAAAGGAACAUCCAGAUCAUCGAGUGGGAGGACCUCGACAAAAGGAAGUUCUACUCCUUCGGGGUGUUCAUGACGAUGACCAUCCGGGCCACUGUCUACCCGGCCACACUGAUCCGCACCCGGCUGCAGGUGCAGAAGGGGAAAUCCCUCUACAGCGGCACCUUUGACGCCUUCUUCAAGAUCUUGCGUGCGGAGGGGGUGCGGGGCCUGUACCGCGGCUUCAUGGUCAACACCUUCACCCUCAUCUCAGGCCAGGCGUACAUCACCACCUACGAGCUGGUGAGGAAGUACGUGUCCCAGUAUUCUGAGGACAACACCAUCAAGUCGCUGGUGGCGGGUGGCUCGGCGUCUCUGGUGGCUCAGAGCAUCACCGUCCCCAUAGACGUGGUGUCUCAGCAGCUGAUGAUGCAGGGCCAGGGGCAGCACCUCACCCGCUUUCGCCUCAACACCAGCACAGAGACGGGAAAACCGAAGAUGUUCGGCCAAACUAGGAACAUUAUGUCUCAGAUUUUUGCUGCUGACGGCUUCCGUGGAUUCUACAGGGGCUAUGUGGCUUCUUUACUCACGUACAUCCCCAACAGUGCGGUCUGGUGGCCUUUUUAUCACUUUUAUGCAGAACAACUCUCGAAACUGGCUCCCAGUGACUGCCCUCAUCUGCUCCUACAAGCCAUGGCUGGACCUCUGGCUGCUGCUACUGCCUCCACCGUCACCAACCCCAUGGACGUGGUCAGAGCAAGAGUACAGGUUGAAGGGAGGAGCUCUGUCAUCGAGACCUUCAGGCAACUCAUCAAGGAGGAGGGCUUCUGGGGUUUGACCAAAGGACUGUCUGCUCGCAUCAUUUCCUCCACGCCCACCGCCAUCGUCAUGGUGGUCGGCUACGAGACUCUGAAGAAGCUCAGCUUGCGCCCGGAGCUGGUCGACUCCAGACACUGGUAGAAGAUCUGUGGACCAUGUGCCAUUUAGAACCCUCCCUCCCUCCAUACUCUGCUGUUGUUUGGGGAACAAGCAGUAUUUUUACUUUACUUUCAAAGGUGUCAGUGCUGUGCAAAACUUUCAGGCAGGACUGAUGAAUUGUUUAGAAGUCAGAGUACUCUGGAAAAAAAUGACUUUUAUCCCAAUAAAUGGACAAAAAAAGAAAUCAGUUUGCAGUGGGACUGCUCUUUGCACAUAAAUCCAGUUUUCAAGGUAAACUUAAGUUUUUGAAGCAGAAAGGUCAUCUACACAAGCUUGUGAAAUGACAUCUGGGAUGUAGUUUUUAGUGAUAGCAGAAUUAAAUCUCUGUUAAGCUUAUUUCAAAGGAUGAAUGUGUUUUGGCUAUAGACAUUUUUUAUUUGGUGAAAAGUGGAAAAUUUCCCUCUUUUGGUCACGCAGGUCUCAGAGCCGUGCUGUAGUGGUUAGUACUUCUACCUCACAGCCUGGAGUCUGUGCCUGAAAUGUUUGCACAGUCCUCUUUCAGCGUGAUCAGUCAGUCACUGACCUGAUCUGUUUCUCAGUCUCUAACUUAACAUUGAAAGAUGCCGAUUGGCUCAUCACAGCUUCAGCUUUUCUCUGUCGGUGGACGCCAACAGUUAUUUAUUGUCCUCAUCCAGAAUCGUUGUUACCAUAGCAACCCGUGCUUUUGCUUAACCAAAGUGUUUUGAUCGAGGUUCAGGGGAAGUCGUGAAAUGACGCUUUAGAAGUAAAGAAAUGUUUCCAGAAUCAUCAAACCAGCUUCGUUUCUUCUGCACUUCCUUCAGCUUUGCCUUUCUUUUCAGUGCUGCCUUCAUCGUGUCAAAAUCGAGUUGAUCUGCUUUCAGUCGCUAAACGCGCUUGAGAAGAACAACAGAUGUUUGAAGAAUUCGUACUUUUAAAUUGUUGUGUACUUUCCAAAUUCCAUGCAAACCCUUCCCAUGCAGGAUUUUAUUCCAUUAGCAUUUUCUAACAGGUCUGUGUUGCAGUCUCAGCGCAGUUUCAGAACAGACUGCGGCCAUCACGGUGCGUUCAUGAGUAACUGGGAAAUGGGAAAACUUCCACUACAGAGUCGGGGGUAUAAUUUAAAAUGCUUUCAAACUUGAAAUGUUUUCUGACUUGGAAAGUGAGGUCUUCUAACUCAGCCACAGUUUCAGUGAAGUUUUAGAAAAUACUACAAAUGUCAGGCAGGAUAAUUAAUGGUGCAUUUAUGGAUAACUGGGAAAUGGGAAAGCUAAAUUGGAACACUUUCAAACUUGAAAUUUACUUCUUGGAAAAUGGGAACUUUAGCGACCUCUGUGUUGUCUCUGACAUUUCAGGACAUAUUCCAGUGAUCACGAAGUUACUGAAUUUGAAACUUCAGAAGGAUUAGUUCAUUUACAAAGGAAUGAUUGCACUGUGUUACUUCUUUUCAGGCGUCUUGAUGGGAGUUUGGGGGGGGCCUGGGUUCGAUUCCCGGUGUUUGCAGGAAGUGUGUGUGCUGUCAAAUCUUUUAAGGUCCAUGGUCCAAUUUCUAGUUUCCAGUGUGCUGCUCUGGUGACAAGACAAUCAUCAUCUGUGGCGCUUUCUGUGAUAAACAAACCUUGUAGUUUAAAAUGAAACUAGUUUUCACCGCGUUAGCGAGCUACAGCUGCAGCAGUGCUGCCGUGUGUGGAGAAGAUGAUGUUGAAUUUUUAUGCAUCGUUUCAUUCAUGUACUCCAGAUUGUAGUGAGAUUGACUUGCUCCUCAAUGGGAAUACAGGACAUUCCCUUUCGGUAACUUUCCCAGUUCCCAGCUGCAGGAAGGCACUGUAAACGACAGAUUGAGUUUGUUUUGAAGUUGCGAAGAUUACUGGGGCUGCAGAAACGACGUCUGAGUGCAAUAAUGUCACUGAUUUCUCGUUUUCUGAUCGAAAUGUGACUGUACAGUUUCCUGUAUAUUGUGUGAAUAACAUGUCUUAAAA